AUGUCAAAACAUAGUUUUGAUGCUAGUUCGCCAUCUUUGGGAGGGAAAAAACAGCGACUGGACAAGUUAAACGGUGAUUGCGACAAAGACAGGGCUCUUGCGCCUUCAAAUGGCCUUUCCCUCCCUAUUGUGCGACGUGAAAUGUGCCUUUUCUGCUUUGAUGUCCUCCAUAGGCAGCUUUUUAAUCAAGAACCUCCACCUCAGCCUAGAACCUUUCCAAACAAUGCAUAUGCAAUGAGGGAUUCACGGUUUUCACCCAUAACACAAAAGGAAUUUCCUCACCUCUAUUGCUCCGUGUCAUUGUUGACCGACUUCGAGGAAGGGGCUGAUUAUAAGGAUUGGCAGGUUGGUGUUCACGGAAUUCGUAUAGAGUUUGUUAACGAACGUGGGUCUCAGCGCUCCGCCACAUACCUCCCUGAAGUUGCUGUGGAACAAGGUUGGAAUCACCAGGAGACAAUUGAUUCGCUGCUCAGGAAGGGUGGUUACAAGAGUCCCAUAAACGAAGCUGUACGAUCUUCGGUUCGGCUGACGCGGUACCGCAGCGAAAAGCUUCAACUACAUGCUGGCGAGUAUUUUGCUGAGAAGACCAACGGCUAUCGAGUGUAG